UUCAACACAGAGCGAACGUCAUGUCACCAAUGCCUGUGCAUUAAAUCUAGCUGUGAUUGUAUACAUCAGCGGGAGGAGGAUAUGGAUCCGGAUGGAGGGAAGAAGUACCCUCGCUACCUCUCCAACAAGAAGCUGAAAGAAAAUUUCCUGCAGGCUCUGCAAUCAAACGACUACGUCGCUGUGGAAAAUAUGCUCAACGAUGGCAACAUAGACGUGGACACGGUGUUUGAAGUGGAAGAUGAGAAACUUAUUUUGGCUUCUUACAAAGCAGGCUACUGGUUGCCCAGUUUUAAACUGACGUCAUCAUGGGCGACAGGUCUGCACAUCACGGUGAUGCUGGGGCACUUGGAGAGUCUGCUGGUUCUGCUGGAACACAAUGCCUCUAUCAACAGUAAACCCAAUGGGAAGACGCCGUUACACGUGGCCUGUGAGGUCGCUAACCUAGAAUGCGUCAAAGCCCUGACCAGCCAUGGAGCAAAACUGAAUUCCUUCUCCAUGAGUGGCCAUGCUCCUCUACAUUACUGCAAGACCAAGGAGUCGGUGAGGUGCGCCAAAGAGCUGAUAUGGGCUGGAGCCAAUGUAAACUUGGAAAGUAAUGACCAUGCCGAAGAAACACCACUACACACUGCAGCCCGAGUCGGAAUUCCGGAACUUGUUGCUUUUUAUGUCAACCAUGGUGCCAUGGUGGACAGUCCCAACUCCAACCUAGAGAGACCCCUCUGGCCACUGCCGCCUACUGGGCACUGAACAUCAAGGAGCAGAAAUACAGCGACAAACAUCACUUGAUCUGCAGGAUGCUACUGGAUUAUGAUGCUGAGGUCAAUACCAGAGAUAUUGACUUAAAAACGCCGCUACACAAAGCAGCAUGGAACUGCGACCACAUUUUAAUGCAUAUGAUGCUGGAGGCAGGAGCACAGGCCAAUGCCAUGGACUGCAAUGGAUGCGCCCCUCAGCAGUAUGUGCUAAAAGUUACAUCUGUGCGGGCAGCUGGCCAGCCAGACAUCUGCUACCAGCUUUUGCUGAAUCACGGGGCUGCCAGGAUAUACCCACCACAGUUCCAUAAGGUCUUGCAAGAAUGUCACUCGUAUCCAAGAGCGGUAGAAGUGAUGGCCAAUGCUUAUGAACACAUCACAGCAACAUACAGAUGGAUAAAAGCAAUUCCUGAAGAUUCCCUAGAGAUACAUCGCUGCUUCUAUGACGCCCUUUUCGCGGCCUGCAGUAACACCCCGCGGUCUCUCAUGCACCUAGCCAGGUGUGCGAUUCGCAUGUUUUUACGGAAGAGAUGCCAUCGGGUCGUCCCGCAACUAUCGCUGCCGGCUACACUCAAAAAAUACAUCCUCCUCGAGCCACAAGGACGCUUCUACUAA